UUUGAAUUCUGAUCUUGGCAAAGUUGACACACUGAAGUCAGUGGCCAUAUGUUUACAUAUUUACACUUAAAGCUGUGAAAGAUCACAAGAUUUGAGCGCAAAUUGGGAUAAGUGAUGUGGAUUGUUACUCUCCUGUGCUUGUUUUUAAGCGAUGCCGCAACAUUUGGAGAGGCCAGCAUUUUGUUCCCAGAAGAAACAUUGGGAUCAACCUGCAACAGUUCGCUUGGCAUGCAAACUUUCUGGAUUCAGGAAGCUGCCAUAACCGCCUCAUCAAUUCGCGACAGUGUCCAUGAUCCCGCACAAGCACGUCUCCAUGGUAACGGAGCGUGGAUGCCGCUUAUUCAAGACGCCAAUCAAUUUCUGCAGAUUGAUUUCGAAAACGAAGCUAACGUGUCAGCGGUCGCUAUCCAGGGUCAUCCUACAAAUGACUUCUGGGUAUCAAAGUAUUCGUUAUCAUUUAGCAAGGAUGGCAAACUCUGGGAUGAUAUAUCAGAGGUCUUUGAUGGCAGUGAAAGCAGACAUGAGGUCAAAACCACCCAACUAGAAGAGCUUCAAAUGGCGCGUUUUUUACGCAUUAAGCCCACGGAAUGGAAUGAUGCUAUCGCUCUUCGAACAGAAGUUUAUGGCUGUAUGCGAGAUUUUCCAAAAUGUGGAAGUCGCCGACAAGACGAAAUUCAUCAUUCUCGCCAAAAGCGAGUUGUCGGCGGCAACAUCGCUAAGCCAAACUCGUGGCCGUGGCAAGUUGAAAUACUGGAGAAUGGGACUAAGCACUGGUGCGGGGGCUCCAUCAUUCACCCUCAGUGGAUAAUUACAGCCGCUCACUGUGUGGAUGAAAUUUACUCAUCGGCACCAAAGGAAAUACGUAUUGGAGAGCACAACAGCAAGGUUCUCGAGGGCUACGAGGAGAUUAUCGAAGGAGACAGGUUCUACAUACAUCCGGGAUUUAAACACGACCGCCCGACAAUGGUCAGCGCUGGAGACUACGACUUCGCUCUUUACCGUCUGAAGAGACCAGUCACGUUCUACAGUCGAGUCGGUCCGGUGUGUCUGCCUGAAGAAGACUCGACUAUCAGCGACGAGGUUGGCCGAAUGUGCUUCUUGACAGGUUGGGGUCACACCCAAGAAAAUGGAAAUUUUUCCGAUAUUCUUCGAGAGAACGAAGUGCCCUUAGUUUCUUUUAAGGAGUGCAACAAAGAGGACUCUUAUAACGGUUACAUUAAGGAGCGUUACAUGUGUGCAGGAUAUCCUGAAGGUGGAAAAGACGCUUGUCAAGGAGAUAGUGGAGGGCCCCUAGUAUGUCAAGAUGGGGCAGGAAAGUGGGUGCUGGCUGGUGUGGUGACUUGGGGUGUCGGAUGUGCAAGACCGCAAAAAUAUGGGGUUUACGCUGAUGUCCGCAGAUUUCUUCCCUUUAUUGAAAGCACUAUAUAUGGU